UCUCGUACUAUCUCAAAUUAUCAAGCCUAUUAAUGCUUGAUCAAUCAAGUGAUAAGAUUUCACUUUAGCGAUUUAAAUUUUCCAAUUUCUCACAAGAUUUUUUGCCUUAUAUACACGCAAUAGCACCGAUAGUCACCUGAAACGAAUCUACGUAAGUAAACCAACGUAAUAUAUCCGCAAAGUUUCUAUAACCUUCCGCCGGCCGCUAAUUUUGUCAAGAGACUUCCUAAUGGCCAACUGGACAGCGCUGGGCUCGAUCAUCCUUCCCAACCUGGGUGGCUGGGCCAACGGCCUCUACUUUGCUGGUCAGAUCCGGAAAGGAGACGAGCUGACAUGGUACGACCAGUUGAACAAGCCCACUUGGACACCUCCGAAGUGGGUGUUUGGGCCUACGUGGACUGUGCUGUAUAGCAGUAUGGGCUACGCUUCAUAUUUAGUUUUGGAGGAAUGUGCAGACACUCCUGAGAAAGCGGUGCUUCCUCUCUCUCUGUAUGGAGGUCAGUUGCUCUUAAACUGGGCGUGGACUCCGAUCUUCUUCGGGCUAAAAGAUUUCAAGUUGGCUUUCAUUGAAGGCUCAGUGUUGAUCGGCGCUGCCUCAGCGACCGCGGCUUCGUUCGCGGUCGUCGACAAGAAAGCGGCCCUGCUCAUGCUGCCCUACCUCGCGUGGCUGGGAUACGCCAUGUCUCUCACUUACUACGUCUGGAAGAACAACCCAAAAGACACGAAGAGUAACUAAAGAUGACACAAAGUUACACUAGCCUAAUCGCCUGUCAUCGUCAAGCAUCGUGUUCUUAGCUUACGAGCAAAGCAACAAUCUAGAUAUAAGUACAAAAAUCUAGUUAAAUCACCACCAAAGAUACUGGCAAUACUUGUUAAAAUUAUGUACUUAUAAAUUGUUUAAAAAAAAAGAAUACGCCUUCGUCAAUUAAAAAAAAAGUAGUCACUGUUGUCUAUGUCCUAAUAAAUAUUUAUUUAUGAGAUAUCUUUAAAUCUGUAAAACGGGCAAAUAGAUAAAAAAAAACAUGAUACAAUAAUUGAGGCCACGAAUAUAAUCUCUAGUGGCGCUAGAGUCGCUGACAACGACAACGUGGCCGUUAUUAAUACCACAAAUUGCUGACUGUACUAUUUUCUGUUGCAAUAUUAAUUUAGGACAUUUUAUUAGUGUUAACUCAAUAUUAUAUUUGUUAUGGAAUGAAUUUCCGAGUAAGUUAUCAAUAUCGAUAUAGUAAUCUCAUUCGAUUUCGAAUUUCGAGUCGAUUUAAAAAUCGUGUUUUUUAAAAUACUAAUCUUCGAAAGGAAUUUGUUCAUUUUUGUUACAUCUAGCAUUAUUAUAAAAAUGUUUAUUUCUUUGUUUGUAAUAAUGUAAUGUUAUUAAUACAUAUAUAACUGCGGACUUAUCCCAUGUAGGGAUCUCUUACAGUCAACCGGUCAACGGUUGAGAGGAGAUAUAUACAGUACACCAGCUGGCUAGUUAUUUAUUUUUGAAAUAUUAUUAUACUUUUUGUCUGUCUGCCUAUUUUACAUUGAUAGAUUAAGUCAUAAAGUGUCCUUCAACUGUUUUGCACAAAUUAAGGCAUUCCUGUGGCAUUUAUAUAUUAUUAUCAUCAUUGAACUUGUAUUUCAGAAUAUGUUUUCGAAUAAGUAUGUUUUGUUUUUGAGGUUAUAGUAUUAUUAAAGUCUGAUAUUCUGUA